UUUAUGUAGCUGUCAAAACACAAACAAAGGAAAAAGAGACCUUUUGCACAAUUAACGCAAUUUCUACUUGUGUUCUUCGUUUUUCCCCAAAUUACAUUACAAACUGAAAUCUUUUAAUUGACGGCAAAUUUUUAAUUCAAUUUGUCCAAUUGCUCACUUGUUUUUCAAAUGUUUACGAAAAUUUACGAAAAAUAAUUGUGGCCAAGAAAAAAAAAUACGAAUCUGUCAAGUGCGCAGCAGAUAUAAAGUAUAAUUUUAGCGAGAGUGUCAAAUAGUGACUGUUAUCACUAAGGAAAAAUUUCGAGAAAUGGCUAGCCGUAAGAAGUCUUUGUUAAAAGUCAUCAUUUUGGGUGAUAGCAGUGUUGGAAAGACGUCAAUUAUGAAUCAGUAUGUAAGUAAGCGCUUUUCAAAUCAAUAUAAAGCCACAAUCGGCGCAGACUUUUGUACGAAAGAGGUAGUGCUUGAUGAUCGUGUGGUCACAAUGCAAAUUUGGGAUACAGCCGGACAAGAACGUUUUCAGUCGUUGGGCGUAGCUUUUUAUCGCGGCGCUGAUUGCUGCGUUUUAGUCUAUGACGUCACUUCACCAAAUUCAUUCAAAAAUCUCGAUUCGUGGCGGGAUGAGUUCUUGAUACAGGCCAGCCCACGGGAUCCAGAGCACUUCCCUUUCGUCGUAUUAGGUAACAAAGUGGACAUGGAUAACCGCCAGGUGUCAACACGUCGCGCCCAACAAUGGUGCCAGUCCAAAAACGAUCUACCCUACUUUGAAACAUCAGCUAAGGAGGGCUUAAACGUGGAAUUGGCGUUUCAAACAAUAGCUAAAAAUGCCUUGGCUCAAGAAGCCGAAGUGGAACUCUAUAAUGAAUUCCCCGAUCAAAUCCGCCUAAAUGCUGACAGAAAUAAUCGUCCUGGCAAUGCUGAAAAUUGCCAGUGCUAAUUUGAACUGCUAGUUCGAUUUGUAUUCCAUUUUAAUGUAUGUCGGCUAAAAUUUUCUUCUUCAAAUAAUUUGAAUAUUUUCAAUAUUAAAAGUGUCGCCCAUUGAAUCCUUCCUACUAAGCAAGCAUCAAUGCGGAGCGAUGAUUACCCAUGCAUACAUAAAGUAAACAAAGAUAGAAAAAGUUUUAAGUAAUUAUAA